AUGACGAGGUGGUCAUCGAGGGGGUGGUGCCGCUUAGAGCUCGUGGUAAGACACCUGAGCAAGCGAGCCAGCAUCGCCAUCGAAGUGCAAAGUGCUCAGCGGCAGAUCUUGGCAUCCAUGUUCGACUGGGUGGUCAAGCCUGUGGGUGAAGGUUUGUUUACUGUCAAGGAGGAUGCUCAGAACGUUGGGCAAGUCCUGAAGAGCCUUGUCAGGGAGAAGUUGCUCGGGUACCUGUCGGCGGGUAUGCUGCACAACUACCGCACAAUCCUGAACUUGCAGAGUGUGAUUUUCAGAAAUCUGGACAUGGCUCCAAUUGUGGAUAUAGUGCCGGGCUUUUCCUCGACGUCAUCGGAUCCCUGUGUGUUCUUCCAGGAAGAGUUCAUGUAUCAGAAUGGCUUCACCAGCAUGGCGCGUGACUCGACUGGGUGGACUCCUCUUUGCUAUGCAGCCUUAGCUGGAAGUCCCCUGCUGAUUUCUGCUCUUCUGGAGGGCCGAGCCGAUGUGAAUGACAAGCUGAAGUUGCGGGGAGAACAGCUGGUAAACCUGGGCCACAACACCUCUGUCUUGUCAAUCUGCGCCUUCCUGAAGCACAACGAGGCCAUGAACGUCCUCCUUGCUGCCCGAGCAGACAUCGGUGCCAAGGACAGCUAUGGAGGCACCGCGAUGCACAGGGCGUCGAGUGGCAACAAUCAAGAAGGUAUUCAACUCCUACUUGCACACGGUGCAAGCGCGACGGUGCCAGCAAUGACGGGCCAUUUGCCAUUUCUGUUCACGAUACAUGGAGGGCCAGGUGGAAUGGCCGUUCUGAAGGAGUUGCUGCCGUUCACCCCUCAGCCUGACAUCGCGCACUGCUUGAAUGCAGUGUUCUUGCUCGGUGGUGGCGACCCUGCGGUUGUGGCGACCUUGAUCGCAGCAGGCGCCGACGUAAACUCGCAGAAGCACAAGCAACAUACGAUCUUAGAUUUACUGAUGAAGUAUUACAAGAUGCGGCACAGAUGGAGAGCAUCCACUUUGAGCGCAUAUGCGUACCACUGUCACGGGGCGACUCCUUUGAUGCUUAGCAUCAUCACCUGCUCCUUCGAAGCUGCAGCAGUCCUGAUCGCCGCCGGCGCACGGACCGAUCAGAUGAACAGCCGGGGGUGCAGAGCCAUAGACUUCGCCAGACAAGUGAGUGCUCCUGCUUACAUUCAUGAGGGCCUGCAGGGGAAUCCGGCAGCCUGUGUCUCCGAAGUGCUGAGCCUGGUGUUGGCAUCAGCAGCCUUCUUGGCAUCGCUGCUCCAAGAGGACAGCACGGCGGUGGACCACCCAGGCUUGCCGAAGGAGAAGCUUUGGCGACUCUUAGGAUCGCGUGGCACCUGUCCAGGCUUCACUGACGACUCCUUUGUUGCCUUCGCUAGUGAUCCGGCAUUUCGCUUCCACAUCUGGGCACGGCAGCAGCGAUUCUUCGACCGUCUUCUUCGCGGUCUGACAAAGACGGCGGUGACGCUUCCAAGCGUGCAGGAUCUUGGAGGUCCUGGCACAAUGUUGGGACCCUUCCUUCCGCCCUCGGCAUCAUCCACCGGCUGCACCAGGCUGGUGGUCUGCGACGGAAAGCAGACGUGCAGAGUGGUGGACGUGGGGCGGCUGCAUGAGGAGCAGGUGGAAAUUGACCGCUACUGCUCCAAGAGGCUGCUGCGGUCCUCUGUAGGUGCACAUCCACUGGCCGUCACCACCUCGUGGCCUCUGAAUGAGGUGCCGCACUGCUGUGCGGCGGGAGGAAUCGUUGCUUCCCGGCCUGCACCAGGAACAGGUGUGCUUCCUCGCAGCUCGGUCACGCUGCAGUGGUUAGAGCUCCCGGAGUUCGGCCGCUUCCGCGGGUCUCUCGGAGGAUUGCAAAGGAAUGAAGCGGGAGAUGAGAAGGCCGAGGCGUCUUGCUACAGCCCUGCAUUGAAGCCUCGCUCGCCGUCACUGGCAUCAGCAAAGACAUCGCCGGUUCUUUGCCGACAGAAGUCACCAACCAUGAAGGCCUCUCCGAGCGCUGCGCCUCAGAAUGAUGCGGUUCCCACAAGAACAUCAGUCCUCCAGGAGCAGCUUCUUGCGGCUGUGUCAGAGGUUUGCGAGUCCGCUCCUGCCUGCGUUAUCGUCGAGGGGGCGUGGCCGCUCCAUGGCCGCCAGGUGCUGCUGACAGUCCGCGAAGUCAUCGCAUCCAGCCCAUCAACAGGCCCUUUGAAGAGCCCAUCAUUUCGAGCCAGCGCCUCGCCGAAGGGCCUGCUGGCAGAGGCGAUGCGAGGAGCGCCGCUGGCCCCACUGGAACUCCCCCCGCAGGCCGCUGCCGCAGCUGCCCAACUUCCCAAAGCUGAGGAUCAGGCAUGUCAGGGAGUUCGGCGCUGGUUGCAGGUUUGGGAUCUAGCAGAGGCGCCUUGCAAGGAAGUGGCGCUAGAGCCGCGUGCUUGCAUGGCAGUGGGUUCACAGGUGACUUGCAUCGAUACUCUCAAACUUUCUUGUGCGGAUGGAGGUGCAGCGCCGCUCCUCCUCUAUGGUGCACGCUGUGGCAGCGUCUGCCUUCAAAGCUUAGAGCAGGUGCCGGAGAGCCGCGCCUCCUGGGCCGUGGAGGCCAACUUCGGGACCCUCGUGGAGGUCUUGCUCCGUCCAGGCAGCCAGAAGGAGUCCACGGCCGAUGUCCUAGUGGUGGUAGCACAGGAGCAUGGGGUCUUCCUGGGGCAUGCCAGUGCUGCGAAGCGGAAUCCAUCUGUUGGCACAUUGACCAGAGCGCUCCCUAACAAGGAAAUCGCUGCCAGCCUGAAUGUGGCAUCCCUGCAACCUGUUGGAGCCAGCGGCUUCGCUGUUUGCAGCCCCAAGCACGUGUAUGCCUUCCAGGCUGAGGCUGGCACUGCAGCGCUGGUGGUUGUCGUCGAGCUUCCGGGGAUUCCGGUUCGUCACUUCUACGUGACGCCGUAUGAAUUCUUCGCGGUACUCGCAGGGGAAGGCUCCCACAAACGACGAACAGUGUGUUGCCUAUGGCCUACGGUGGGAGAAUCCAAGGCCACCCAUGCCUGCGCGUCCGCAGUCAACCUCUACGCCCGAGUACGAGGAUCGGGAACGACGGAACUGCUGGAGACCACGGCAGUGGCCAUGGAUCUCUCAAAGGUGCUGCUGCCAAGAGCUCGGGCGUUUUCUGUUAGCUUGACAACCGUGCAAAGACUACGAGUUUCCUCGAUCGGGUGUGUCUCGAGCCUGAAUCUGAAGGCACGGUGCUGGCAUCGACACCAUGGCGUUGAACUCCUCUCCGGGCCAAGGGUGAAGCUAUCAUGUUGA